AAUUGGCAACUUUAUUGCUUCUUCCUGUGCUUUAGAUGCUUCUCUACACUUCCUUGUUUCUGAAUUUCUAUAAUUAUUGCCAUUUUGUUGUUUCUGGGUGCAUAAAUCCCAAUUUUGUGGUUUUUAGAAGAAAAGUUGCCUCCUUUUCAAGAUAAUAAUUGGUUCCAACAAGCUCCUGGGGUUUAAUGAGCUCUAUUGUUAGUUGCUUUACUUCUUUAUCAAAAAUUUGGUUUCUGAGGAGUUUUUUUUUUUUUUUUUUUUUUCCCCUUUGGGUCUCUUUCUUUUUCCUUUUGGUUCAUGCAUGUGUAUGUUGCCUCAGAAUUAUAUAAAUUUAUCUUUACCUCAAACUCCCCCAAAAAAGAGGAAAUUUAUGUGAGAUGGGUUUGAUAGUAAAUAAUUGGUGUUUGUUUCCCUCUAUGUGAUAAACUAGAAGUAUCUUUGAUUCGCCCCUCAAAAUAUUAGGAAUUCGUACUUUGAAAUUCGUAAAUAUUUGGCAUAUGCUUGAGGAAUAGCUUUUAUCUAUUGUAGUUUCUCUUGUUAAUGCCUAAUUCUUUCUCCAGAGUCCAGAUUGAUUUAAAGCUAACUUCUUCUAUUAUUGCAGUGCUUGAACAAUUAGGAGUGGUGAAUCUCUGAUUAUGCUUUCGAGUUUCGAUCACUAUUCGAUAGAGGCCUGAGCUGCGCCGACUCCUCAUGAAAGAUCAAAGUUCACGGCUUUCAAAAGAAGGCAUCUUAAAGCCCAUGACGACGGCAGAUACUUCCUCACCUAACUAUUCUGAUGUCUUUUCAUCACAAAUUGUUUUUCUUCAAAAGAACCUAACCUGAUAAAAGUAGAGGGAGAGGAAACAAAAUGGCGACGUUCUAUUCGAGCUCUACCAACCAAAGAAAUUCGGUCCCAAAUCUUUGCCUAAGGGACCCCGCAAACGCUUCGUAUAUGGAAUCAUCGGCUCAGGGGAACUUGCCGUACCUUAAUUUUUCUUCUUCUACUCCAUAUUCAGAUUCAUUGGCUGGCAAUUCUGAAUCUCAGCACAACUAUGUCCUUCUUCCGGCUCCAUCCACUGUUGUUUCACAAUCUUCAUUUACAGGAGCUCAAAAUAUGGUUCCUUCUCAAAUGGCUGACCAUACUUUCAAUUCUCGAAGAAACGAGAUGUCUUUUAUGCGAAUGAUCGAUGGGUCAGCAAAUCGAUCGGAAAAUCUUGCUCAAAAUCCUCUAUCUGAUGAUACUCAGAUGGGUUUAAGGCCACAAUUAAUCACUUUAAAUGGUCAGAGCUUCUCUUCACAGCAGCCAAAUGUCUCAGCCAUGCAAAACAACCAGGGAUUAUCACUUAGUCUCGGUACUCAAAUUCCUCUGCCCAAUUAUCAGUACCAGCCAACAAGUGCGGACAUCUCUUUUAUUGCCCCGAAUCAAUCAUCUUUGGGAAAUACUGGGUCUUGCGGAGAGGAUAAUAUGAAAGCCAAACAAGUACAUAUGAAUGUCUCUCCUUAUGGAUACUCCACUCUCGCAAGCUCAAUUCCAAAUUCGAAGUAUCUCAAGGCAGCACAAGAAUUACUAGAUGAAGUAGCUAAUGUGAGAAAAACGUUGAAGAAAAAGGAGGAUAAAAGUCAAAGCCUCAAUACUUGUAAGGAUACUGAUGGGGGGUCGAAGGCGGAGGGAGCAAGUUCAAACCCGCAAGAGGAUACUGCGGAUGAUUUGAGUGAGCUCUCUCCUGCAGAGAGGCAGGACCUUCAGAACAAAGUGACCAAACUAUUGGCUAUGUUGGAUGAGGUUGAUCGAAGAUACAGACAAUAUUACCAUCAGAUGCAGAUAGUAGUCUCUUCAUUUGAUGCCAUAGCCGGUUGCGGGGCUUCUAAACCCUACACUACCCUUGCGCUCCAAACAAUCUCUCGUCAAUUCCGCUGCUUGAGAGAUGCCAUAAACAGCCAGAUCCAAGCGACAAGAAGAAGUCUAGGUGAGCAAGAUACUUCAAGUAAAGGGAAUGGUGGGAUAUCUCGCCUGAGGUACAUAGAUCAGCAGAUACGGCAACAAAGGGCCAUGCAGCAGUUUGGUAUGAUGCAGCAUAAUGCUUGGAGGCCACAAAGAGGAUUGCCCGAGUCGUCUGUGUCGAUCCUUCGUGCUUGGCUGUUCGAGCACUUUCUUCAUCCUUAUCCGAAGGACUCCGAGAAGCUCAUGCUUGCAAGGCAGACGGGCUUGACAAGGAGUCAGGUUUCGAAUUGGUUCAUCAAUGCUCGCGUUCGUCUUUGGAAGCCUAUGAUCGAGGAGAUGUACAAAGAAGAACUCGGCGAUGCUCAAAUUGAUUCGAAUUCUUCCUCCGAUAAUCAAUCGAAAGGUAGAAAUGAUAUGCAAAAUUCUGACGACUGCGGGAAUUUACAGAGUCCUGCCACAGAAAAAUGUGCGACGAGCCAAUUAAGUUCCUACUCAAAGGUCGAUUUUGCACCCACGAUGAACCCCAAUCUGACCAACCAAAACCAUAAUGUGGGUGGGUCCAUUCUACUGCAAGAAGCUCUCAAUCACUCCGAUGGAAACUCGCGGCUUAUGGCUUAUCAGAUGGCCGAACUGGGUCAUUACGGAAAUGGUGGAGUGUCUCUCACGUUGGGUUUACAGCACAACAAUGGAAGCUUUCUCGGAAGUGCGCCCAUAGUGGCUGAUGCCGAGGAGUAUGGUUAUAUGAAUAUGGAGGACCGGCGAGAAAGAUUUGAAGGAGGGUAAAAUAGGUAGGUACUUUUCGAACAUUCAACCUUAAGAACCACCCUGAGAUCAGGCGGCGCCGCAUCUCAUGUGACUCGUUCGAGUUUCGACCAGCAGGAACAGUAUAUGAUGCAAAGAUGUCAGCAGAAAUAAGCGAGAAAUGAAGGAAGAGGAUUGAGAGAAGCAGAAAACACUUUCUUUGGUAUGAGUUUGCAGAAGAGAGAAGCUCGAAAGAGUUAUAUCAUCUAUUCUAAAGGCCUUCUUAAAGAGAUGAAGACGCAGUCAUCUGGUACAUUUGGAAAUCCAAUAGGAUCUGAUUUCUCGAUCGCAAACUAAUGAAAUUGCAAAUCGUAAUCUUACUGCUGCACUGUAUCUGUCAAAAGCCGGGCAUCAGCCAAAGCACCUCCUCCGUAACGGGAACGCCAAAUAUCUCCGCGUGUCGAGCUCUGUGAGUUUCUUCGCCACUCUUCGUCAUCCUCUUCUCAAAGAAAGGUGAUUCGCAAACAGCCGGAAAUGCGACAUAGGCGGAACCCGCCACGCGACCUGAAGCUACCAGGCUAUCAGCAGGCGCCGAGAAGGAACAGCGCUACCCUACGAACACCACUCUGUUGCUGAUCCUUUCUCUUGCUUCCUCUCAGGCCCUUGUACCAAAAUUCGGCUUAUAAAUACACAGUACCGGUGGGUGCACGCUAGCUACUGCCUGCAGUACUUCACCUCCGGACUCAACGAGGAAUUGGUUCAGAUAGAUCGACGAAGCGGAGCCAGAAACAAAUCCAGUCGAUGUAUUGCAGCAUUUUUCUUUUUUCCUCUCUCUUGUUAAUCAUGUUCUUCUCUUCAUUGUUUGCACACCAAGAUGAAAUAAGUUUUGAGUUUUAUCCACAUGUUAAUUAUAAGUGAUAAAUGAUUUUGAGUAGUAUUAGGAGAAUAGUUUAUAAAAUCGUUUAGAUAAGAUUAUUAUCUCCUAAAAUGAUAUUUAUUGUUUAUACUAGCCGUAUCAGGAAUCGUAUAUCAUAUCUAUUUAACUUUUAACUUUAUUUGGUACGUGCAUUUGGUACGUGCAUGUUACGUAGUCCAUGGAGUGCAGUGGAUACAAAGGUGUGUCUCCGGGAAGUCCCGGGAAGUGGCUCGCUUCUGCGGAGUUCAAUGGCAGGAACGUUUUGCUGGGAACUCAUCCGUCAGAGGACGCAGCAGCGCUGGCCCACGACAGAGCCGCGAUAAAGAUCGCCGGCGAUCCCGACGCGCCGCACAACUUCCCCGCGGAGGCGUUCGGCUCUCUCGAGUUCAUGUUCUCGUCGCAAUUCUCGAAAAGGAAAGUGUUCAAGAUGAUCAGAGAGGGGAGCUACGACGAGCACCUGCGCGCGUACCUGACGAACUUCUACAGAACGGCGCGGCCGCCGAUCGCGAGCUUUUCGGAGGCCGAGUUUGUAGAGAAUCAGAAGAGCAGGGCCGUGAAAGGCCACAGCACAGUUCUGUCUCUGCCUGAGGCUUGGGUUUCAAACUCAGAUUAGGAAUUAGAGUCCAAUUUUUUUUUAUCUUUUUUUCUUGGAUUAUAAGAAUGUCAGGUAUUGAUUGAGUUGUUGGUGUUGAGAAAGAAAUUAAUUAGAUUCAUAAACUUAUCGCAGUUUUAGCGGAUUUGUGUUUCUUAAACUCGCACACUAAUAAAAGUCUAAUGUAGAUGAAAACA